UAUAUAUAUAUUGAUAUUAUGCCAUAUUCUUUAGAAAAGGUGAUUCGACCCAAUAUUCUACAACUUCAGCCUUAUCGAUGUGCUCGUGACGAUUACGAUAAAGGGAUCUUAUUGGAUGCUAAUGAAAAUGCCUAUGGACCUUCUUUAUUGGAACAACGUGAAGGCGAUCUUCAUCGUUACCCUGAUCCUUAUCACGUUCAAGUGAAAAAGUCAUUCAUCAAGUUACGUCAAUUACCUAGUGUUCAACAUGUCUUUUUAGGUGUUGGAUCCGACGAAGUCAUUGAUUUGUUAAUGCGUAUUGCUUGUGUUCCUGCCAAAGAUAAGAUUAUGAUCACUCCUCCUACUUAUGGUAUGUAUUCCGUCUGCGCUCAUAUAAAUGAUGUACAAGUGGUGAAAACUCCUUUGAUUGUUGAAAAUGGUGCUUAUCAAUUGGAUACUGAAAAGGUUUUGGAAGAUUUGAAAGCAAACCCUGAAGUCAAACUUGUAUUCUUAUGUUCCCCUGGUAAUCCUACUGGUACAUGUUUGUCUCAUGCAAGUAUACGUCAAGUACUUGAAAGUGAUUAUGAAGGUAUUGUAGUGGUGGAUGAAGCUUAUGUUGAUUUUGUGGACAAAGAAGAAGGAUCAGUUGCUCAAUGGGUGGAUCAAUAUCCUAACUUGGUGGUGAUGCAAACUUUAAGUAAAAGUUUUGGUCUAGCUGGUAUUCGAAUGGGAAUUGCUGUUGGUCAUCCAGAUUUGAUUCAAAUCUUAAACAAUACUAAAGCACCUUACAAUAUUGGUACACCAAGUGCACAAAUUGCACAAGAAGCAUUAUCUGAACAAGGAGUGGCACGCAUGAUGGAUUAUCGACAAAGAUUAAUUCAACAACGUGGACAUGUGAUUAAUAGCUUAAAGUCAGUACAAGGGAUUGGUCGUAUCUUGGGUGGGAAUGAUGCGAACUUUAUCUUGGUGGAAAUUCUCGACAAGGAUAACAAGAAAACGUGCAACAUCCGGGCUGAAAAGAUUUACAAGUAUAUGGCUGAAUCCUUGAAUGUGGUUGUCCGAUUCCGUGGUAAAGAAUAUGGCUGUGAAGGAUGUUUGCGUAUUACUAUUGGUACUGAAGAAGAAAACAAACAAAUGAUGGCCAAGUUACAAGAAUCUUUGACAGUUUUUUAGAUGAUAGAUAGAGUAGUAUAAUUAGAUUAUAUCGAAUAAAAACCUUUUUUUUUAUGAUUCAG